GCCUUAGGUGGCACCAAAUUUCCGCCAACCAAUAGGAUCCCCUCGGCAAGUCUAAAGGCAUCAUUGGCGAUUCUCCCAUCCUCGUCCUCUUCAUCAGCAUCCGUCUCACCUGGCAUUGGGCUGCCAGUCCCAGGACGAAAAUAACAACAGCAGCAAGCGCAGGACACCGGAAAGCUUCACUGCCUCAGCCCUGGCAGCUGCCGCCUGCUAAGCCAAGGAGAGGGGACGCCGCUGAAGUGCUGCGAGGGCUCCCCGCGGCAAAGCACGAUCCAUCUCCCGGGAUCACGUUACCACGGGCACCACCACAGGCGGUGUCUUCACUGAAGCGCAGAGCGGAUCUGCCGGCAGCAGCACGCAGCUCUCCCUCCCUCGGGGGUCACAGCGGAUCUCCGCAGAGGAAGCCGCCGGCAGUAGCUGUACAUACAGCUCUGCGCACACACGCGCAGUCCCCAGAUGCCUGCCAGCAUGCUGCAAGAGGAGCUCUCCAAGGAUCUCCCCUCCCACACUGUCACCGCCAGGGCGACGAGGAAUGGGGGAGCAGGCAUGGAGAAGGCCCUGUCCAACCAAGAGGACUUGGGAGGAGACCGGGGCAUGACGGACGAUAUCUUUGACGAGAGCUACUGUGAGAAGGAGGGCCCCAAGCCUGCCAAGAGAUACGUCUGGAGGAACAUCGUCCUCAUGAGCCUGCUGCAUUUAGGGGGCUUGUACGGGUUGUGGCUGAUACCUGCAGCAAAGCCUGUCACCUUGGCAUGGGGGUUCCUGUGUUUCCUGCUGAGUGCUCUGGGGGUCACAGCUGGAGCGCAUCGUCUCUGGAGCCAUCGGUCCUACAAAGCUGGCUUGCCCCUCAGGAUCUUUCUGGCCAUUGCCAACUCCAUGGCUUUUCAGAAUGACAUCUAUGAGUGGGCCCGAGAUCACCGCGUCCACCACAAGUUCUCCGAGACAGAUGCGGACCCUCAUAACGCCACGCGGGGCUUCUUCUUCUCCCACGUUGGCUGGCUGCUGGUGCGCAAACACCCUGACGUCAUCGAGAAGGGCCAGAAGCUAGACCUGGCUGACCUGAAGGCCGACAAGGUGGUGAUGUUCCAGAGGAGGUUUUACAAGCUUUCUGUGGUGGCCAUGUGCUUCCUGUUCCCCACCCUAGUGCCCUGGUGCUUCUGGGGGGAAUCUCUCCGCAACAGCUUCUUCCUCCCUGCCAUCCUGCGCUAUGUGCUGGUGCUCAACGCCACCUGGCUCGUGAACAGCGCUGCACAUAUGUUUGGCAACCGGCCCUAUGAUCGAAACAUCAACCCCCGGGAGAACCGCUUGGUCACAUUUGGAGCCUUAGGCGAAGGCUUCCACAAUUACCACCACACCUUCCCCUACGAUUACUCCACCAGCGAGUUUGGCUGGCACUACAACUUCACCACGGCCUUCAUCGAUCUCAUGUGCCUCCUGGGGCUGGCCAGCAACCGCAAGAAGGUCUCCAAGGAGACCAUCCUGGCUCGGAAAAUUCGGACUGGUGAUGGCAGCCACAAGAGUGGCUGAGGGCCUGUGUCAUCCCCCCACAACCUCUUCACUCACCCCAAGCAAGCUGGGCACAGGGUUUUAUGUUCCAUUUACUAACCAUUGAAUAAUGCUACCAGGUUGCUUCAGAUGAUGAUGAUUUUAACCCUCUCCUGCACAAUGUAUUUUAAAUGAUGUAUUUAAGACCUAUAACUUUGUCUCUCUAAUGCUCAGCAGCUCCAUCCCUCUCUUCUCUCUUUCUUCUUUUUGUUCUUCUUUUGUCUCUCUCUGGCAAGAUCUCUCCCUUUCCCUCUAAACCCUCCAUGCUUCAUUCUCUCCUUGCCAAUGCCUCUCCUUGGCGGGGAACUGGUCAAAAGCGUGUCCGGGGCAGAUCGUGCCACUGGCUGGAGAGUGGGAGUGGAGGGGAGUCUGUACCAGCUGGCUGAAGAGUUGAGCCAAAGUCAGGGACUCUUUCCCUAGAAAUCCCCCUUUCCUGCCUCUGGUUCUCCUGCCCUCCUAGGGCUGCUGACUCAGUAUAUGAAUGAGUGUCUCUCUAGGAGAACAGCAACAAAGGCCUUUCCCAGAAGGAAUAGCAGCCCUGUCCCCUUGCUUGCUAUCAACGAGAGAGCAUGAUGUUGUCUCCUUGGUGCUGGGCCUCCUUUGGCUCCUGUAGGCCGAGGGAAGGUGAUGCUGGGGAUGGGGAGAGGAGACCCCUGAAAGCGUCUUCUGGAGGGGUAGCAUCAGCUGCAGAACAUGGUGGCAUGGGGCGCGUCAGCUGCCUUCUCACCUCGCUGGAGUGUCGCAAUGGCUCCUCUUGCCGCCCUGUGGCACCUCUGUGCUAGAAUUGCCUGGAACGACUCAAGCUGGGCUCCUAGCUGCCUGCGUGGGAAAGCUGCAGACAAGGACAUCUGGGGAAACGAGGGGCUUGAUGCCACUGAAACACUGGCUUGGGAUGGGACGGAUUGGAACUGUGGACAGUAUUUCCCAGGAAGAGACUCUUCCGGAAGAACGACAGCAGGAGAAGCCAGAAGGAAGUGACAUAAAGCCCCAUCUCUGUGUUAAGCUGCUUUGUGUGUCGGAGGAAUGAGGUCCCAUUUCUAUGGAGAAUGAGGUCCUAGUGUGUGUCUGCGCCGGGGGCAGGAAAGCAUGUUAGGGGGCCCAUGAUCAGCUCCCAGCCCCUUCCAAAGCAAAUCAGAGAUGCCUGGGGGACAGUGACUGCCUGUUGCACGCACUGCGGUGGGAAGUGCUGGUGCAGCCGUUGCUGAUGGUGGCCGUUCCCAUAACUCCCCCCGACACACAGUGCUAGCUGCUGGGCCAUGUGUAAUUCAUCCCCUGCAGACAGGGCCUUCGCUCUGGCGAGGGGGGUCCGCUGCACAGCGCCUGGGCACGGAAGGUGCCUGUUUCGCUCCUUGGCAGCACUGACAGUGAAGGCUAAUGUCAGGCGGACUGCACUGUCUGAGGCCUCAAGACAUUGGGGGAAGCGUUAAAACCCUUGUGUGUUUCACCCCAUAGCACUUGCAGAUGCCACGGACAGGCUUGGUGGGAUGAGGCCCCAUUCCCAUCAGCCACUUGCCAGACAGUGCUGUGGCGCUAGGGUGACCAGACAGCAAGUGUGAAAAAUCAGGACAGGGGCUGGGGAGUAAUAGGAGCCUAUAUAAGAAAAAGACCCAAAAAUCGGGACUGUCCCUAUAAAAUCAGGACAUCUGGUCACCCUACGUGGCGCCGGGUGAAAGCUAGCGAGGUGCCCAGGCUGCUGGAUCCUGGGGCAGAGCUGGGAAAGGCUGGGCUGGGGUGGAGGAAUGAUGCUGAGAUGCUCCUUCCCCUGCCCCAGCCGUGCUGCGUAUCCUCAAGGGCAGGCUCCAGCCUUCCCAUGCAGGCCAAGGUGAGCACAGCACUGCUGAUGUCUUCCUGCGGUUGCAGAGCUCUUGCUGUCAGCCAAGAAGUUGUCCCUGGCCUUGUUCCUGUGCUUUGCUGUGACCAGAACUGUCCAGCUUUGCAGCCCAGCAGAGCAGCCUGCCCUCUGACUGAGCUAGUGAGAUGAACAGGCUCAGGAGCGGGCCACCAGCAGAUAAUCCAGUCGGGAAGCUUUUAAUUCCUGGGCUCUAAACCCGGGAGGUGGAUGGCUGGGUGGGAUUCCCCACGGCUGAGAUUUAUACCUGCUCAGAGGGUGGCUGUGGAUAGUUUUAUCCAACUGGAUAUAAAGAAACCUGCAUGUCAUAAUCCUGGGCCAGAGCCAUCCCUGGUCCAAACCCCACUGACUGGAGUCUACACCCUGGGUGAAUUUGACCUCCCCCAAUAGUUCUUCCCUCACCUCAUGAACCAGACAUGUUGUGUGAUGCAACCUACCGUUCAGAUACAUGUCACAACAUGCUACGGCAUCCACCAUCCUCUCAGGAGAAAAGCAAGGGGUUGAUUCGGGCAUUGCCUCAAAAUCCCAAGAGUACUGAUCACAUCCAAAAAUCCUGACGCAGUGGGGGAAGCGGAGUGGAAGUAGCCAAACAGCGCCGGUGUUUGCCCAGUCACUUUGUUGGUAGAUUGGCAAACAUCUCUGGGUGCCUUAAGUCUAUAAUACACAUAGGAGUAUUGACAGCUAUUUGCAGGAUGUUUUUUUCUUUCAUGAAUUAUGGAAAUGUAAUUAAUUAUUUAAUUGCCGUCAUCAAAUUGUGGGUGCAGGUGAUUUUGAAUGUAUUGAGUUAGAAUUUGUUAGAUUAAGGAACAGAUGCAUCACUUUAAAUAGAACUUUGGUUGCUUUAUAUUUCUUCCUUUGGUGGCAUGUUUGUAUCCUAAGUGUGUCCUCUGUGAGUUUAGCUAAAGUGAGUCAGAGUGAGAGGUGGACGUAGACAAAGCACCAGCGUGUCUAGUGGCUAGAGCACCAGGUCUCCUGAGCUCUAUUCCCAGCUUUGCCACUGACUCAGUGAGAGAUCUAGGGCAAGUCAGUUAAUUUCUCCAUGCCUCAGUUUCCCACUCUGUAAAAUAGGGGGAGCACCCUACCUCACAGGGGUGUUGUGAGGCAUAAUUAAUACUUGUAAAGUGAGAACAAGGUGUGGAAGGCCCAAUAUACAUGCUAGUGGUGGCGAUGGUAGUAAAUGACUGGAUUGCAAACAGUGUUCUCAGCCCCUCUGGUAUCCUGGAGACGGGACGUGCAAGUGUUGGAUAAGUAGUGAAGGAUUGGAAGGUUGAAUCUGUGCAUUGUCUAAGCUCUGUUGCUACUGAAAUGUGAGUGGGAUACAACUUUCCUGGUUCGGUUUCUGCAUUCUAAGAUCUCUAUGUUUUGUCUACUGAAAAACUUUUUGAAAUAAUUUCUACUAAUUUGGAAUCAGGCGGCUGGUUGUGCUGAUCUGAACUGGUAUUUGUUCAUAAUAAAAGUUUACUUUAAAACUUGA